CUGCGGGACCUGGAGCUGAUUGGUCGGUGGGGCUCAGGUAACAACAUGGCGGCCGCCGUGGUCAGAGGCAUCGGCUCGCGGUUGAGCGGAAACCUCCGGGAGGUCAGACUGCACCUGUGCCAGAGGUCGGCGGCCAGUCAGGGGGUCAGGGAAUUCGUUGAACAGCACUAUGUGACGCUGAAGAAGGCAAAUCUAGAAUUUCCCAUACUAAUCCGGGAGUGCGCGGAAGUGCAACCUAAACUGUGGGCUCGAUAUGAUUUUGGGAGAGAGCAAAGCAUACCACUGGAUAAUUUAAACUCCGAGCAAGUGGCAAAGGCCUUGGAGACUCUCAUUAACCGCAAUCCUUUAAAAUAAGGACUGAAUACUGAGGGAUAUUUAAAAAAAGGACGUGGGAUAUUAGCUGUUCUUCGGCUGCUUUCACAGUGGAAGGUCUUCAGUAAAUUAAAAUGUAACUAUAAUAAACAUAUUUAAAACACA